AUGAUCCCCGAGCAAUUCUACACGCCUUACGGCUCAGAAUACCAGAAUCUGCGAGAAAACAGAUACAGUGUGCCACCUGUGCCACAGAAGUCUUACGCUCCACCGCCAGCUAAUAUGAUGCCAGGCCAGACUCAAAUGAUGUCUGGGAUCGAUCCUAAUUACUUGGCAGCGUAUUCAAGCUCCAAUGUUCAGUACACACCAGGGCAUCAACAUAUGCAAAGAGAGGUGCAAAUGGAAAGGCAAAUGCAAUUCCGAUCCGAGUCGACGUUCGGAAGCGACUAUCAGAAUCGCAACUUGACUGGCGUUGAAAGGAAUAAAAGUUUUGCACAAGCUCGUAGUGAAAUUCCGCGCGGCUUUGAAAGCAAAACGCCGAGGGUGAACAGCAAUUGCGAUUUCAAGCCAAAGCAACAAUCCAUGAGCAUGCGGAAUGAUAUGAAACCUAAACCACAGACGCCCACUCAGUCGAUGCCGCCUCGCAAUUCUGGAGUCCCUCCGAAGAAACCGACCGAGACGGAAUCUCCCAAGAACGAAAGCCAAGUCUUGACACGGAUUGACAAACUUAAGGCAUUACAAAGGAGCGGACCUAGGGCUUUUUCAGGACCCGUCGAAAAGGUCCUGAAGUGGCACAAGGCGCUACAAGAUAUUGGAGUGUUGAUUAUCUUCGAAAUCGUUGCAAAAUGCGUAAGCAUUCAGCCAGGAACAUCUUGCUCCAAGAAUCUGGUGAUCAGAGACGACAACGGACCGGCCAUGCAAGUGGUUUACUAUGAAAUCGACUUUCUACUGCCAGAGCUUAAGCCUCCAUGUACAGUUCGAGUGGUGGGUCGCAUGAUGGCGGGCACGUGUCGCCUGCAAGCGUUCAGCGUGCGGCCGGCGACGGGCGACGACGUGGCCACGCUGCCGCGACGCGCCGCCGUCGCGAGCCACCACGUCGCCAAGCUGUGCAAGGAGUACGCCAACUGAAUGUAGACUGGUUCAUCUAACCUUUUAAUAUGUAUUGAUUUUGUGUUACAUUAUUCAAUUCCAUGAUUUCUAUUUGC